GCUGCCCAACAUGGCGGCGCACUUGGAGCGUAACAUCUGCGUUUCUAGGCGCUUCGCUCUGCGGGUGGUUUAAGACUCUAGGGUUAAAGAGGCCUACUCCAGACUGGUCUUCUUGAAGAAACGUUUACUUCAGAUAUGGCUCUGAGUAAAUCAAUGCAUGCAAGGAAUAGAUACAAGGACAAACCUCCUGACUUUGCGUAUCUGGCAUCCAAAUAUCCAGAUUUUAAGCAGCAUGUUCAGAUAAAUCUGAAUGGAAGAGUGAGUCUUAAUUUUAAAGACCCCGAAGCAGUCAGAGCUCUGACUUGUACUCUUCUAAAGGAAGAUUUUGGACUUUCCAUUGAUAUUCCAUUGGAAAGACUGAUUCCUACAGUGCCCUUGAGACUCAACUACAUUCAUUGGGUAGAAGAUCUGAUUGGUCAUCAGGACUCUGACAAAAGUACUCUCCGAAGAGGAAUUGACAUAGGUACAGGGGCAUCCUGCAUUUACCCUUUACUUGGAACAACCUUAAAUGGCUGGUAUUUCCUUGCAACGGAAGUGGAUGAUAUGUGCUUCAACUAUGCAAAGAAAAACGUGGAACAGAAUAAUUUAUCUGAUCUUAUAAAAGUGGUAAAAGUACCACAGAAGACACUCCUGAUGGAUGCUCUUAAAGAAGAAUCUGAGAUAAUCUAUGAUUUUUGCAUGUGCAACCCACCUUUUUUUGCAAAUCAGUUGGAAGCCAAGGGAGUAAACUCUCGAAAUCCUCGGAGACCUCCACCUAGUUCUGUAAAUACAGGAGGUAUCACAGAAAUCAUGGCAGAAGGAGGUGAAUUAGAGUUUGUUAAAAGGAUCAUCCAUGACAGUUUACAACUUAAAAAAAGAUUAAGGUGGUACAGCUGUAUGCUGGGGAAAAAAUGCAGCUUGGCUCCUCUAAAGGAAGAACUUCGCAUACAAGGGGUUCCUAAAGUCACCUACACUGAAUUCUGUCAAGGCCGGACAAUGAGAUGGGCUUUAGCUUGGAGUUUUUAUGAUGAUGUUACAGUGCCCGUGUGCUGCUGGGUUGAAAUAAGUGUCCCAGUCAAGUUUGAAUGGCCUAUCCUGUGGAAGCCUAUGCCUCCCUCUGUACAAUGCAAUAUAGAGAGACUAGAGUCACCACCCAGUAAGCGAAGAAAAUUAGAGAAGUCAAGGAAACCCAUCACGUUCGUGGUGUUAGAGUCUGUGAUGAAAGAAUUAUCCCUCAAAGCAUCAUCUUUGGGCUCUGAGACAGUGGAAGGCAUAGUAGUUGUGACAACGUGGAUUGAAAAAAUCCUCACCGAUCUGAAGGUUCAGCAUAAACGAGUCCCCUGUGGAAAGGAAGAGGUUAGCCUUUUCCUAACAGCAAUAGAAAACUCCUGGAUUCAUUUAAGGAGAAAGAAACGGGAGCGAGUGAGACAGUUGAGAGAAGUUCCGCGAGCUCCUGAGGACGUCAUCCAAGCUUUGGAAGAGAAGAAGUCCACCCCGAGAGAGUCUGGCAGUAGCCAGGAUUUGGCCCAGGGCCCCCGGGAGGGCGCCCUGUGUGGGCCUGCUGCACAGGAAGGCGAAUCUUCCACUCUUGAGGGCCAUUCCUCAAACCAGGAUCUGCUUUCCCAGGAUGAAAACCCAGAACCUGUGGAGGAUGAAAGGAGUGAGGAAAAGGGAGGGAUGGAGGCUUCAGAAAAUUGUAAAGCCUCUAGCAAUGGGGCCCAGGACCGAGAGGCAUCUGAGCAGUUCAGCAGCCCGGUGUCUGAAAAAGGAAGCCAUCUCCAAGGAGUGGCUGGACAUUACCUAUUCAAGUGUUUGAUAAAUGUAAAGAAGGAGGUAGAUGAUGCUUUAGUUGAAAUGCAUUGGGUUGAGGGCCAGAAUAGGGAUUUGAUGAACCAGCUUUGUACCUAUAUACGUAACCAAAUUUUCAGGCUUGUUGCUAGUUAAAUUCUUGCACAGCUGGGAAGUUUCUAUACAGUAGCUUGCCUUGGUGUGGCAAGAGGUAUUCCACCAUAGGCCCAUUGGUCAUUAUGUGCAGUUUUCUUAAAAAAAAAAAAAAAAAAAAAAAAAAAAAGAAAGAAAGAAAGAAAGAAAAGAAACAAAUUAAUCUAUUUUUAACCCCUGCCCAAUCCCCCUUAUUAAAGUCACUGGGCAUUAGUAUGG